UGUGUGUGCUUUCAGUCUGGUGGUUUUCAAACGAGAAAGCUAUUAAUAUUUUAAAUAUAUAUUUUGGUUAGUUAUAUUUGCGGGUGCCAUUGAAGCGACGGCGGUCUAUGACCGCGACUGUCCAAUGAUAGGGUCAAUAUGUAAUGAAGCUAAUGUCGGCUGGCUUUGUGUAGCAGCCGUCGUCGAAGGACUGUGACGUCACGCGAUUGAGCAGAGCAGGAAGGGAAGAGAAGACAGACAGGGAGAAAAUGGCGAGUUGUAUCUGUCGCGAAGCAGUGUGAUUGGGACGGUUAUUAGUGCUCAAAAGACUUCGAUGUGCUUAAAUUUUAAAUGUAGUGUGUGUGAUUGGUGCACUAGGAUACCUUAGGAGCACCAUGACGGCAAAUAUGUACCGAGUUGGAGACUAUGUGUACUUCGAAACUUCUUCAACUUUACCAUAUCAGAUCAGGAGGAUCGAAGAGUUGAAUAAGACUCCGAACGGAAAUGUAGAAGCCAAAGUCAUGUGCUUCUUUAGGAGGCGCGAUCUACCAAACACCUUAAUUAUGCUUGCAGACAAGCACCAAAGUGAGUCUCGUGCUUCCGAGAAUAAUAGUAGUUUGCCUAAUGUGGCCACGGCGGCCGAAGAGGCUCAGGCUCCUAUUCAGACGAAGCUAAAGAAGAUCUGGAUGAAAACGCCCCACUCUGAUGACGGCGAUACCCCGAACAUAGGUGCCUUAGAAGUGGAAUGCGCGAGUUUAGGUGGUGGCGGAGGUGGGGGCGGAGGAGCGGUGGCACUAAGUGGGGGUGGGGGUGGUGGAGGCACGGGGGAGGCGAUGGAUCGGGACCAGUUGAACACGAAGCAGCGCCACCAGCUGAAGCAUCGCGAACUGUUUCUGUCGCGGCAGGUGGAGACGCUGCCCGCCACUCACAUCAGGGGCAAAUGCUCGGUCACGCUGCUCAACGAAACUGAGUCGCUGCUCACCUACCUAAACAAAGAUGACACAUUCUUUUAUUGUUUGGUGUUCGAUCCAGCACAAAAGACUUUGUUAGCGGACAAAGGCGAAAUCAGAGUUGGGAGUCGAUACCAAGCUGAACCUACCCCCUUACUUAGGGAAGAUGAAACGGAUACCAGAAAUAAUGAACAGUUAGAAACCUUAGUAUGGACGCCAGGCCAUCAUCUUACCGAUAGACAAAUAGACCAAUUUCUAGUUAUUUCCAGAUCCGUUGGGACAUUUGCUCGAGCGCUUGACUGUUCGAGUUCGGUUAAGCAGCCUAGUUUACAUAUGAGUGCAGCCGCUGCCUCACGUGACAUUACUCUGUUCCACGCAAUGGACACGUUGCACAAGCACAGGUACGAGUUGGCAGAUGCGAUCAGCUCACUGGUGCCGUCGACGGGCCCCGUGCUCUGUCGCGACGAGAUGGAGGAGUGGUCUGCCUCCGAGGCCAACCUAUUCGAAGAGGCGCUAGAAAAGUACGGCAAAGAUUUCAACGACAUACGACAAGACUUUUUUAAAGCGUUGUGUCUUUUAUUACUGAUGGCUUUGAAAAUGGUGAAGAGCAAUAAACCAAAUCCAGCUGUAAUAAAUAAUAAUAAAAGCAUUGUGAACGGCAAUAGCAACGGAGAAUCUAUAGUCUGCGGGAAAGGUUGUGAAUCUUGCAAUGCGACCGUUUCGAGUCAGUGGUACUCUUGGGGACCGAAUCACAUGAUGUGCAAACUAUGUCACAAUUGUUGGCAAUACUGGAAAAAGUAUGGUGGACUCAAAGUACCAACCAGAAUAGGUGAUAGUGAAAUUGAAGUUGUGAAAAAGAAAUCCGGAAGUAUUUCAGAUGAAGAACGAGCUCCAUCCAAUCUCACAUCGCAUAGACCGCACAGAUGCAGUAUUAUUGGUUGUGGCAAGGAGUUCAAACUGAAGGCGCACCUGGCGCGGCACUACGCGACGGCGCACGGCCUGGCGAUCAGGUCGGGCUCGCCGCGACCCAUCAUGAAGACCCGCAACGCGUUCUACCUGUGCACGACGCCGCUGACGCGCAUCUCGCGCCGCCUCUGUCGCAGCAUCAUGCUGCCUCGGCACGCCGCACGCUCGCCGUUCUGGCCGAUCAACGUGCCCGCCAUCAAGCAGGAGUGCCAACUGCAGAUGGCCGGCAAGAGCAUGGCCGACUGGAAGCUGUUGCUCUGCUACCGACAGAAACAGCGAGGCUCCGUGACGCACAUCGCCACGCGGCUCGGCCUGGCGCGCAACCACACACUCAUCGUUCCCGACUGGCUGCAACCCACCGAGCCGCACAACAUCCCUCGCUCCGAGCGCAUCGCCUUUCCCAAGCCGCCCAAAGCUGCAGAUGGUAGUCUACUGUAUGAGAGGAUACCCAACAAACCUGAAGCCGAGAAGGUCGCACUCAACAAUGUAUCUCCGUCGCUCAAACGAAGAACGUUCGAUGAAAUGAAUGGAGUAGAUGAUAUGGAAUGGGAUGAAGGGAUAGUGAUGGGCCCGACAGCAGGCCACCAGGGGGGCGGUGGUGGCGGUCCGCCCCCAGCCAAGCGCGCGCACAAGGAUGGCGGGGGUGGUCCACUGGGGCCUCGCACUGUCAUCAGCCACCUGAACGGGGGCGGUGGAGGCAGUGGAGGCGGCGUCAAGGGCCGAGUGGCCACCAUGUCUCGCUCGGGCCGGAAGCAGGUCAUAUCCUGGAUGGACGCCCCCGACGAUGUCUAUUUCCGGUCAACCGACGCCACCAAGAAGCUCCGGCGGCAGCUGACGGGGGUGGAACUUCGCCGGGCGGCACGCAAGCCGUGGCGCAAACUGAAUGCCAAGGGCAUCGAAGACAUGGUGGUAGUCCUCGACUGACUCAACAUGCCCCCCUAACAAGUCAUGUGAUACACAAUGCCCAAUCAACUUAAGUAAAAUUGGAUGGAUCGACUCAUGUAAAUAAAUUUCUUUAUUAAUUUUUUUCAUUAUGAUUUAUUUAUAUACAUGAAUAGGUUUUCUUUUUUAGACUAAGAUAAUGUUUAAGUGGAACUGAAAAGAAUAUCAGGAUGUAACUGUUAGUUGAUUGAUAUACAAAUGUUUGUAUAUUUUCGGUCAAUACACACGAGAUCUCAGACGGGUUCUAUAGUAGUUGCACAAGUAUUACUUGUAAUGUUUUCAAUAUUCACUGUUUACAUGGGUUUUGUGGAAUCAAUCAAUGAUGUUAUUGACGUACCUAUCCUGAUUGUGCUCAUUUCAGUGUGUACAGUCUGGUUUCUAUAAAUAGAUAUGGCUGAUGUCUAUAAUAAGAGUGUAAAAUUAAUGACAAUUGAUGUGAUAUCUGUGUCAUAGUAAUUUAAUCAAUUUGAUCAUCCCUAUCUAAUUGAAUCUUAUCAACGCAGUGUAUUUUCUUUUUAUUCAAUGAUUCGAAUCUAUUGCUUUUUAUUGGUGGCUAUCCAAUCAAAAUGCUAUCUCUGCUGUGGUCUUUUGAAUCACCUAUAAUGAAAUUAAAUUUGAAUGACAUUAAUAAAGUCUAAGGCUAUUUUACUGUUUUUUUUUUCUUUAGGGCUGCUUUUAUAUAUAUAGGAAUCUAAUAUAAAUCUGAGGACCCUUAUAAAUUAUUUCUUCACGACAUGUUUCGGCUACUCUGAGUAGUCUAAGGCUAGUAUUGUAUUAUUACACUACGAGUGGGGGGGAUGAUGAGCGUCAGCCUCAAUUCUAGUGUUCUAAAGUAAUACGAGCUACUAAAUAUGUCUUCACAACACUUUGAUAUUAAUUUAUCAACAUUCAACUGUGAUUGGCAUUAACAUUUAUCAACCUGAAAAUUAAACUUAUUUAUUAUGGUAUUUUUAUCGAGUUUUUGACCAAAUCUAAUAUUCGAUAAUAAUUCAAAUAAUUAUCAUUUGAAAAUGAAUCAAGUUAUGUGUAUUGAGGUAAAAUCAGUAUCUUAAAGAUUUUAAAUAUAAACAAUUUGCAAAGGGAAAGUGACUCCUUUGUGCGUUGAGGCAAAUUCUAAAUGGUUAAUUCCAUCAGCCUAGAAAAAAGCGUUAUCUCUGUUGAAUUCUUGAUAAAUGUGAUUUUGCAAUUGUUUGGGAUAGGGAGAUAUUAUCUAUCUCAUCAAUUGCUAAUAGCAUUUCUAAAUUCAAUACAGUGAUUUUAUAUUUGUACAAAUAUUUCUUGAAUCAUGAUUUUACAUCAAUGAAUUGGUUCAUUGCAUCGGGCCAAUCUAUAUUUUGUAUCUGUAAAAUUGCUGGAUAUUGUAAUUUCUUACAGUUGUAGCUUUUAUGGUUUUGUGUUAGUGUAAAGAUUUUAUACAUUCGCCGGAUUCGAAUAGAUGUUUGUAAUAGCUGUCAUCUUAAUGUGUUACAAUUGAUAUGAAACUGUUGUUGUAGCCUGAAAAUCCUCUUAAUGUACAUACAUUGUUGUAAUAUGUUCACAGUAAACCCUUGUAAUCAAACGAAGCAUAUGAUUCUUGUAUUUAGCUUAGAAUUCUACUGUAAUUAACUUGGAAAUAAUUAGAGCGAAUGUUUUUCACUCGAUAUUAAUCUCAAGUGAAUGGAAAGUCAAUGUUAUUAUAGUUGAAGUUAUUCAAUUCGUAGUAUUGAUCUAUCCAGGAUGUUAUUUGUGCAUACACUGUUUAAUGAAUCAGGUAUCCAGAAAAUUUAUUUAAUUGCAUAUAAAUAUUAUAAUGAUGAUAUUAAUAUUGAUCUAGAGAUAUAUGGAUAGCUCUUUCUUGCCGUACAGUCUUAUGUUAUGAAUCAUAAAUUCAAAUAUCAAUGAAGAAACUACUUGUCUACUCGAGGUUUUAUGAAAAUGGAACCUUCAUUCUCAUAUUUCUGAACUUAAUUUGAUUUUAAAUCGUAUAUUUUUAUAAUUCUUUACAAAAAGAAUUGAACUUUGUGCCAAAUUAAUUACAUAAGGCCUUUUGGAAAAAGUGGAAAAAUACAUUGUUGUUUAUGCAUUUGUUUUAUUGAUAUAAUUUUUAAAAAAUCUGUUAUUAAAACAAGUAGCUGUCGUAAAUAUUUAACCAAAGAAGUUUACUCAAUUUCUGAACUUGAAAUUGUUGCUAGCAUGGCCUUACACUUUUCGAAAACAUCGAUUAAGAAUAUUAUCCUUUGUUUGUCAUGAGGGUUUAUUGAAACAUAUUUUCUUUGUUGAUAAGGUCUGACAAGAGGCAAAAACUGAAAAUAUUGUGAAUAUAAUUUUGAAAGAUGUUUUAUAUUUUUCACUUUGGUAAUAAUAAUUAUUAAAUUUGUAAAUACAAAUUCGGAAAGGUCAUGUUGAAUUUGGACCUUGAUCUUUUAGGCGUCAUGUUCUCUAGCCUACAUGUUUUAGUCAAUUGAAUUAAAAUCAUGAAACGUUUAUCCAUCCAUUCAAUUUUACUCGUGAAAGAUUUUAGAAUAAAGCUAUGCAAUAAAGUUUUUUAUGUACUUGUGCAUAAACUAUUCAAUUGUAACUUGCAUUUUAUUAUGAAAAUUGAAAUUAUAAAAAGAAAAAUGAUUCAGUGUUAUUCUUCAAGUAUGAUAUACAUGAGGUAAUUUACUUGAUUUUCCGCUAACUUGUAUUUAUAAGAUUUGCGUCUAUUGAUACUUUAUAUUCAUGUAAUUUUGUGAGAUUAAAAUUGAAAAAUUCACAAGCUU